UUCAUUUUCAAUGCGAGGACCAGUUUAUCGAAAGAUGGCUGCCCCCAGUGGAAAGGGGUUUCCAGAUUUUCAACGAUUAAAAAUCCUCGCUAAAGAUGAACUUACAAGCCUCUUGGAUGAUUUGCCUGGGAAAAAGGACUUGGUUAUUGAUGGAGACCUCAUGAAACCACUAGACAGAAUUGCUAGUAUAUCUCUUCUCAAGCAAAGAGGAGUUGAGAAAAUCUACAAAUUUGACAGUACCUUAAAGGCUAUGCAUGGCUGUGAACAGAGGAUUUACUUGGUCCGACCCAGGAUGACCACAAUGAAGGCUAUUGCUGACCACAUCAAUUCCGAUCUAAAUAUCAACUUCAAACGAAAAUAUAACAUUAUAUUUGUUCCAAGAAAAUUACAUACCUGCCUGUCUGUUCUGGAGUAUGAAGGGGUAAUUGGUCAUGUGACUUUGAGUGAAUUUCAAUUAGACUUCCUUCCUCUAGACAAAGAUAUUCUAUCUCUGGAACUACCAGAAUUCUUCAAAACAUUUUAUCUUGAAAACGAUCAGACUUGGAUACAUACUGUAGCCAAAUCCCUUGUGCGGAUACAAGCUCUUACUGGUGAAAUCGGCCAUGUACAUUGUAUAGGUAAAGGGGCUAAGAUGACAAAUGAUUUGAUGAACUUUUUGAUGAAAAGAAGCUCAUCUGACCAGGAUUUUAGUAGACAUGAGAUAGGCACUCUUAUCCUUAUAGACAGGGAUGUGGAUUAUGUAACUCCAUUGUGUUCACAACUUACAUAUGAGGGCCUCCUUGAUGAAACAUUUGGCAUCAAGUGUGGUGCCAUUGAAUUUGGACCAGAAGUUACUGGGAAACAACAGAGUGCCAAGUUACUACUUAAUUCAGAUGAUGUAAUAUUUGAAGACGUCAGAAAUCGUCAUUUUUCCCAUGUCCUAGGAUAUUUAAGUUCAAAGGCCAAGCUACUCCAGCAGGAUUUUGAUAAAAGACAUGGACUCAAGUCUGUUGGAGAUAUGAAGGACUUUGUUGCUAAUGAACUUAGAAGACUCAAAGAACAAAAAUCUGUGUUAGCCAAUCACAUUGGAGCCUGUGAGCAGAUUCUGGGGAAGAAAACUAAAGGAGGAUUUGAGGAUUAUCUACAGACAGAACACAGCCUGCUGGAGAGUUCCAGUGUGAGAGACAACAUAACAUACAUUGAAGAACUCAUCUAUAAACAGGAUAACAUGUUGAAGACAUUAAAGCUCAUGUGUCUUCUGUCCCUCACUCAGAAUGGAAUACCUUCCUCUACAUAUAAAACUCUCAAGACCCACUAUCUACAGAGUCAUGGUUUUGAGCAGCUGAUCACUUUUUCCAACCUGAAGUUGCUGGGUAUCCUGACAGAACAGGAAACAGGAAGUCAGGCCGCCACGCCUCUCAACAAGGUCACGUCUGGUAUGGCUGCCAUUACACGAAGAAGUACAUUCCAAAGUCUUUGUAAAAAACUCUCUUUGAUUCCCAAGUCAGAUGACAUUGAUCUGAAAAACCCUACAGACAUGUCAUAUGUGUUUAGUGGCGCCUACACACCUUUGUCCUGCAAACUAGUCGAACAGAUAUUAACCAGAGGGAGUUUUGCUGGUAUGGAAGAAAUCACUAAAUACCUGCCAGGAGGGGUUCACAGUGAAAACCAUGUCAAAGCAUCAAAAGACAGCAGCACCACAUCAAAAGACAGAUCAGGUAAAUCCGCCAGACAGGACCGCCCAGUCAGUAAAGUUGUCCUGGUAUAUUUCCUUGGAGGCUGUACUUAUUCCGAGAUAACGGCCCUCAGAUUCCUAGGUAAACUCAAAGGUUACAUCUUCAUCAUAGCUACCACUGCAAUCAUCAACAGCUCCACCAUGUUAGAAUCAGUGAUGGAGAGACCACCUAUCUAGUUGCAAUGAGUUUUAUUUAUGUUAUUUAUUUAUAAUAUUGCUGUGACCUAUGAAAAUUUAUACCAUACAACAUAUUGACAAUAUGAUUGAGAAAACAUCAAAGAGAGAGAGAACCAUGCAUGUUUUCCAACAGCCACAAACAGUGUUUGGUAACUAUGGACUCUGCACUCCCAUCUCAUAUAAGUGACUGCAACCUUAAAAUAACAGUUUCACUUUAAUUCAAUCCAUGGUGGAUGUAGGAAAAUGGGAAGUUUCUGAUUAGAUCAAGAUGUAACAUGAA